AUGGCUGUUGGAAAAGAGAUAUUUAGAGAUAAAGUGAUGGAAGUUCUUAUUUUGUUGCAAGGAACUCAAAUGGAAACCAUUGAUCCCACCACAAGUUACAUGCUUCAAGUGUUGAUGUUGGGAGUACACCUUUGCUUUUCAGGGGAGACUGCAACUCCUACACCUACUCCAGCUUGUUUAACUGAUUCAGGAAAGAUUGCAAGGCAUACUUCAUUAAGGUACAUUCUUAAAGAACAAGAGAAUAAAGGUGGUGGUUCUUCUGUUCAGCAACAACAACAUCAAGUACAUGUCCCAGAUCAGAAGCCCAUGUCAUCAUCUGUUCAAACUAAAAAUGGUCCUUCAUGGGCUGAUUUUCCUCAACUUACAAAUCAAGGGAGUUGGGCUAAGAACACUCAUGGAAAAGAAACUUCUGGUAGGGCUAUGUGUCGACAGAAGUUUGGGAGUGGAAGACCUGUUGAAGCUUCUCUUUCAUCAUCUCCUUCAUUGAAGGGGAAAAGAGAUGUUAUGGCUAAACAUUCAGGAGGGGCGGUUCCGUCCAAAGGUUUUUCACAGUUUAUCAUGUUGCUUUGCAUGCUUGUGCAGAUCUUAAAGAUGUUCAGCUCUGAUGUUUACCCAAGACUUAAAGGUGUGCUUUCCCAAGUUCUUCCUAUUUUAGGGAAUGUUAAAGAUCAACAUAGACCAAUUUUUGCAAAUGCUUUCAGGUGCUGGUGUCAAGCUUGUUGGCAAUACAGUGUGGAGUACCCUCUUUCAUCAAUUCUUGAUAGUGAUGUCACGUGA